GGGAUUUGUAUAUUGUCAGGGCGCUACGGGGAAUCAACUAUCGCCGUCGAAGAAACUGGAUUUUACGCGGCCUGUGGGAUUGGUUUAUGCCAAGGAGACCAAGACGCCUCCCACGUGGUCCACCCGAGUUACCUUCACCUGCAGGGAGUCUUUUACAAUGGAAGCUCUCGACUAGAGCUCGUUUGGUCAGGAAGAAGGCAAACAGGAAGGAAGUAGACCAUAACUUUGAGGGGCCAUGGCCUACUCCAGCUACAGCAACCUGAGCAGAGCUCAGCUUACCUUUGAGUACCUGCAUACAAACUCAACAACCCAUGAGUUUUUAUUUGGAGCCUUGGCUGAGCUUGUGGACAAUUCAAGAGACGCCAAUGCAACUAGAAUAGACAUCUACACCGAAAAACGACCAGAGCUCCGUGGUGGUUUUAUGCUUUUUUUUCUAGAUGAUGGCAUUGGAAUGGACCCAAUUGAGGCAACCCACGUGAUUCAGUUUGGAAAGUCAAACAAGCGCUCCCCAGAGUCCACUCAGAUCGGCCAGUAUGGAAAUGGAUUGAAAUCGGGCUCAAUGCGAAUUGGGAAAGACUUCAUCUUGUUCACAAAAAAGGAUAAUACAUUGACGUGUCUCUUCCUGUCGAGGACUUUCCAUGAAGAAGAAGGGCUUGAUGAGGUGAUUGUGCCACUCCCCUCCUGGGACCUGAAAACCAAGGAGCCCCUGACCUCUGACCCUGAGAAGUAUGCAAUAGAAACCGAGCUCAUCUUCAAAUACUCUCCUUUUAAAAAUGAACACCAACUCAUGGAGCAGUUCAACAAAAUAGAAAGCAGCAGUGGCACUCUUGUGGUCGUCUACAACCUAAAGCUGAUGGACAAUGGAGAACCAGAACUGGAUGUAGAGUCAGAUCACCAGGACAUCCUCAUGGCUGGGACACCUGCUGAAGGAGUGAAACCAGAACGGAGAUCAUUCAGAGCGUACACUGCUGUUCUGUACAUCGACCCACGCAUGAGGAUUUUUAUCCAGGGACAUAAAGUCAGAACCAAGAGACUCUCCUGCUGUCUCUAUAAACCAAGGGUUUAUAAAUACUCAUCAACUCGUUUCAAAACACGUGCUGAACAAGAAGUGAAGAAAGCAGAUCAUCUUGCAAAAAUCGCUGAAGAGAAAGCGAGAGAGGCGGAGAGUAAGAGCGUUGCCAUGGAGGCCAGAUUAGGAAAUGAUCUGUCAAAAGAAUCGAGGGCAAUUCUGAGAAAAGUUCAGGAUUCUGCCAUGAUGCUACGAAGGGACGCUGACAUUCGAAAGAGAAAUCUAGAAGCCAAACAGAAAGCAUUAAAGGAACCCAAGGACUUGAAUUUUAUUUUUGGGGUAAAUAUUGGGCAGCGGGAGCUGGACGGGAUGUUCGUGUACAAUUGUUCUCGUCUCAUCAAGAUGUAUGAGAAGACGGGUCCUCAGCUCGAGGGAGGCAUGGCAUGUGGAGGCGUAGUGGGAGUUGUUGAUGUCCCUUAUUUGGUGCUUGAGCCGACCCACAACAAGCAGGACUUUGCAGAUGCUAAAGAGUAUCGACACUUACUGAAAGCCAUGGGAGAGCAUCUAGCCCAGUACUGGAAGGACACCAACAUUGCCCAAAAAGGCAUUGUGAAGUUCUGGGAUGAGUUUGGAUAUCUGUCUGCCAGCUGGUCUGCACCUCCAUCCACAGAGCUGAGAUACAAGAGACGCCGUGCCAUGGAGAUACCCAUUACUAUUCAGUGUGAUAAGUGUUUGAAGUGGAGAACGCUGCCUUUCCAGAUGGACGCAGUGGACAAACGCUACCCUGACAGCUGGGUUUGUCUCAUGAAUCCUGACAGCACCCAGGACAGAUGUGACGCUCCAGAACAGAAGCAGAAUUUUCCUGUUGGUGUUUUAAAGAAGGACAAGCAAACAGCUGAAGACAAACAGAAAGAGCUAGCAGAGAAAAUCAAACAGCAGCAGGAGAAACUAGAAGCCUUACAGAAAACCAGCACAAUUAAAUCUGCAGCAGACAUCAAAAAGCUCCCACUUGAAGUCAGCAUGAAGCCAACAGAGACUUCGGGUCAGGCAACAAGGUCUUCUGAAAGGACUACGUCACGUCCACGCUCCCCGCCUCUCCCAGCUCACCUGAAGAGUGCUCCGAGCAUCCCUCUGUCACGCACAGCUUCUCAGCGUCCCACCCGAGCGUCUGCGACUCCUCCCACUCCACUUAAACCAGAACUGUCCAGGACCAGAGCUGCAGCAAAGAUUCCUCCGUCUGAAACAAAGGCUACACCCAAAGCUUCUGCAAAAACACCUCCACCCAGUCGCAGCUCUCGGUCCUUGACCAAAGCGUCACCCAUCAAACCAGCUGCUGCUGGACAACGCAAGAGGAUAAUUGAGCAGGAGGAGAGUGAGGAUGAGGAAGACGAUGAUGAUGAUGAAGAAGAGGAGGAAGAAGACAGUGAGGAGGACAUGGAAGAAGAACCACAAUCGAAGAAAUCCAAGAUGGCUACCGCUGCCAGUAACCGUGGUAAAGUGGUGGAGAAGGCCCUGCCUCCAAAACGAGGGAAGUUGGAUGAGGAUAAAACACACUCUCAUGCUGAGAAGAAAGGAUUGUCCACUCCUGCACGGCAGCAGCCACCUACACCAGCCUCUAAAGCUGUUCCCACACAACAGCAAGGGGCUAAAGAGAAGGUUCCUGAGAAAACGCAGCAGAAGGAGCCAGAGAAUGACACUAAAAAUGCUCAGAAAGACAAAGGUCUUCUGGUUGAAGUGCGCGUCAAUAAGGAGUGGUUUACCGGUAAAGUCAUCGCUGUGGAGGCAAAUAAACAGAGCGUUCGCUGGAAAGUCAAAUUUGACUACGUACCACGAGCGACACCCAAAGACCGAUGGGUCUUCAAAGGCAGCGAUGAAGUACGGUUGAUGCGGCCACCGUCUCCUAACUCCCAGACUCCUGACACCCAGCAGGAGACGGAGAAAGGUUCUGCCCCCAUGGAGCCCGACACGACUCAGCCUGGAACCAGUCGAGAGGUGACAGACAGCCUGGUGGCCAUGUUGAGGACGAUGUUGCGUUACUUCUUCCCUCCUGCUUUCCGGAUUCCCAAGGAUGAUGUUAACAGCAUGACAGCUGAGGAGCUGAUGGCCUUUCCUCUGAAAGAGUAUUUCCAGCAGUACGAGUCGGGGCUCCAGUCGUUGUGUAACUCGUAUCAGAGCAGAGCUGACGCCAGAGCCAAAGCUGUGGAGGAAAAGAACAACAACACUGAGGUCAAACUGAAGGAAGCAGAUGAAAAACUACAAAAACUACGAACUAACAUUGUAGCCCUUCUACAGAAAGUUCAAGAGGAUAUUGACAUAAACACGGAUGAUGAACUUGAUGCAUACAUAGAGGACCUCCUAACCAAAGGCGACUAAAGAAGACUGAAUGGAUAAACGCAGCAGAAGCUGAUAAAGACUGAGUGUUCACCUCAACUGUUGCUUACUGACAGCUCCCAAGGACCACUGCUUCUGUCCAGUGAUCCAUGAAUAUUUGGGGAUGUUUAGUUUUUUCGAUCUCUCCACAUCUUAAAUCCUAAGUUUGAUUUGUUUCUGUAUUGUUGGUUAGCCCUGUGGUUUUCCUUUUAGCCCUUUUUUUUAUAUAUCUCCUUAUAGACCAUGUCUAUCUGUUUAAAACAUGUUAUAUCCAUUUAACGUAAUUUGUGUAGGUUAAUGGAAGCUCCUUUUUAUAUGUGCAGCUUGUGAUAAGCUACACUUGUUCUUUAUUUGAUCCUCCCACCAGGUGGAUAUUACACACCAUAAGUGGCAGCGCAGCAAGUCAAAAAACACACUUGUCUAUACAGUAACUUUUAUUUUUGUACACUAAGAGAAGCAUCAGUGUUGCCCGUUAUUUGUUCAUCCCGGUUAGUGAACCAAGUGUGACAUGCCACAUUCACCAAUGAGAACUACAAGCUUGGUUUUAUCAGUAUAAACGUUCCUUCAAAGCCUCUACAUUUAUGCUUUGAUUGUUCUUUGCUUAUUUUUGAAAGAAAAGCUAAAUGUAUGUUUAUCAUUUAGUGACUGUGUUCUUCAUUUUUGAAAAGAUUUUUAGCAAGUCAUGGAAAUGUUUUAUUGAAUGGUGCAUGCUUUUCAGUCUUGUUCUAAUUGAAACAAGUGUUGUGUAUUUUUGACAAACUUUACUUACAACAAUAAAACCGGUUCAGGAUCCAUUACACUUUUA